AAAUUUAUUAGUCAUAAAUAUUACAGUUUAAGUACAGUUUAAAGUACACUUAUUUCUGCAUUCAAAUACUCAUUUGAUAUAUUUUUUCAGUGCUUGAAGACAUGCCUGAAUCGCAACACGCUGAAACCAGGAAGUUGUCCUCUAAGCAAUAGCAUAUUCUCCCCAUUUGCUGCUGCAUGUAUAGAAGAAUGCAAGAUGGACAGGCAUUGCAACGGCUUGAAGAAGUGUUGUCUAAACCCUUGUGGAGUGACUUGCCAAAGUCCUGUUGGCUUGGAAUUAGUAGAAGGCUUGCCCGAGGUACCGACAAACGUGAGAGCCGAAAGACGUAAAAAACGAACCGUUUACAUAGAAUGGUCCGCGUCUCGAGGUCCAGGCCGGACUUUAUACUUGAUAGAAGAACGUCAUCACUCUGGCAAGGUGUUCAAAGAGUACAAACUGUCAGAGUGGCGCGCCUGUUCCAAAACCUGGAAGAUUAGCACCAGCUUGAGGCACUUCAUGAAAGCAGGAAGUUGGUACCAGUUCAGAGUGGCAUCUGUCAACGAGAACGGAACCUGUGGCUUCUCGGAGAACUCUCUGCCUGUCAGGUCUACAACGUCCCAAAUUACCUAAAUCUACAGAGCAUCAGUUGCAUAUAGCAACAUUUUUCUAUCGUAUUGUUUUAAAGGCAAAUAUACGAGACAAUCUAUGAUGAGUGAAGCUGUAUGUCCAAUAGGUCCAAAACCUCCACCGCCUCCUCAAAAUUUGACCAUUGGACCAUUGAUUGUGAGGAAUGGAAGUCUAACAGUGAAGUUACAAUGGUCUACUCUUAGGUCGGAUCUACCGUUGCACAGUUACAAAGUAUUUUGUAGCAGGAGAUUGCAUGGAGCUAAAGCUUUGGACUCGGUUUUAGUGCAACAAUACGCUGUAACAAAGGAUAAGACGUACUUUGUGCUACGAGAUCUUCAGCCAAAUUCUCAAUAUUUCCUGCAAGUUCAAGCCCUGGUGUCUUUUGGAGAUGAACGAAUCAAGAGUGAGAAAUCUGGGUUGGUUCUUAAUACUACCGAAUAUAUAAAUGCAAGUAAUUCUCAAGAGCUAGAAGAGAUGAACAUCCAAACGAAAAUAGAAGACAUACGAGUCCACAAAAUCUUCUUGAAUGGCAAAAGUUUGGUUGCAAGGAUAGCUUGGAAUGGGACAAAUGACAUCUCCAAGUAUUCCAUUGCUUGGUGGAAAGGUCCAUGUCAUCGAAGGAGCAAUGGGUACAAUCAUUUCGUUACAACAAAGGAACCAUAUUUCGAUAUAAAGGAUCUGCAGUUCAACUGUACAUACAACGUUAGUGUGAAAGAAAUUGGAGAUAACCACCAAGUGAAGUCAAGGGAAGAUACGUCUAUUACAUUUGAGACGCCAUCUUGUGAUACUUUUAGGACUACUUUUAAGUUGACGUGUAGUUAGUGCUUAGUGUUAUUUAGUUAAAUAAAAAGGUGUGCCAUUUGGACAA